GAUAUGUGCCUAGUGAAAUAUUUUAGAUAUAUACCUAUCUCCAUUCAAUUAGAUAUUUUCUGAUGGAAAUAAUUGUACCUAUAAAUAGAAAUAUGGGAUUUGUAGUGGACAAGGUUUCAGAAGAUUCAUUUUAUGAAAACUUGCUUCUAGGUCUUUCAAAAGUACUGGAAAAAUCACCUUGCAUCUCCAAUAUAUCAUUAAAAAGAUUUCCAGGUGUGCGACAGAUAGACAUACGGGCAUGGGAGCACAACAACUCGGUAAUCUUACCAGAGGAUUUGAGAGCAUUUUAUUCAUCUACUAAUGGAUUUUUAUAUACUUACGAUUUCUCCUACGAUUAUAAUUCAACAGAAAAUGCGGACACUUUAAUACGAGAAGGAAGCAUAAAAAUAAACGGCCUAAACGAAAUAGAAAGAAUAUACGGAUAUGAAACCAAAAACGUAGCCCAAAUUGAACAGUACGGCAAGAACUACAUGCUAGUUUUGUCGAGGGAAAGCAAAGUCUUUGAACUAGCUGCUGUAGAUAACUAUGCAAAAGUUGUUUUGGUUUACAUAAAUACAUACUGCAUACCUAGCAUUUGGCUCUAUAGCAGCCCUAUGUCUUUCAAUUAUUUAGCCGAGGACCUUACCACUUAUUUCCGCAUGUGCUUAGCACAUUUGGGUAUACCAUGCUGGCAGUAUAUCGUUUCCAGGGAAGGACUACCAGAAUGGGCCAGAGAAAUAUUUCAGUUGAUAGCGCCAGGUGUCUUGAACGAAGAUAGAAACCUGGUUGAAAUUCCAAAACAUAAUCCGGAUGAUAUCAAUAAAAUUGAUCCGAACAUUUUCGUUAUACCCACAUCUAGCAUGGCGACUGACCGAAAUUCAACACUGCAGAUGACACAGCAAAAGGGUAAAGAAAAGAAAUCAAAGUUCCCUCAGAAGAGAUUCGUUAGUGGGAAAGGUGUUAAGAAAUAG